CCAGGAUUGAUUCUCAUCUCACUCACCCGUGCCGACUCCCUCUCACGGUCAAUUGCGUCCUUCGUUGUCUAUCUCUUCUUCCUUGAAACGUCUCAGGGUUGUUCUUUACUGCGGCUACACACAUUCAACACUGUUUGUUCCGUCCGUCUCGAAUCCCCUGCCCAAUUCCAUCUGCCGUACUCCAUUCUCCUCUCACACGCCCAUCCCACCCUCUUCUUCCCCAAAUCCUCCCACUCCUCAUCCUCCUCCUCCUUCUCACCUCACCCCAGUCCAUCUUCACUCACCUCACACCCCCCCUCCUCCUCCUCCACACGCCACGCCACGCCGUCUACCGUCCAGGACAAAGAGACAAGAGACCAAAGAGACUCCACCCACGAUCAUCGCCCAGUGCAACUGCAACCUGCAACCUACAAGCCUGGCCUGUAUCCGUAAGUAGCCCGAUAAACAUUCCCAUAAAGACGUUGUUGCACGCCUCCCCCAGACCCUUUUUUCAAUUGUUUAUCUUUUCGUGUCCCCUGCUUACUGAUUUUUCUUUCCUUCCCCUCCCCUAGGGUCUCGUCUUACUCAACAAUUGGGGUCAAAAGAGCAAACUCACCUCGCUCGGCCCUCUCCCACGACGGAUUGAGUUUCCCAUCUCCGACACUUGAGGCCCGCUCGUCCGUCCGACUCAUCGUCCGCCAACAUACAUCUCACACCUCACACCUCACCGUGAUUGUCGCUCAUCACCGUUACUGUCAUUGUCAUCGUCACAUCGCCCGCCAUCAUGUCUUCCCUCGAUGAGAAACACGCCCCUCCCGACGACGCCGCCGUCGCCGCCGCCGCCACGCCCGAUGCCGAACCCACCACGGCGCCGACCGCCACCUCCACCGCCACCGCCUCCGAUCCCGUCCCCCGCCCCGCCGGAUGGAUGUACCGCGGCUUCCGCUUCCGCGGCAAGGAGCUCUGGUACGCCUCGCCCCGCAUCCAGCUCUUCAUGGUCUCCUUCGUCUGCUUCCUGUGCCCCGGCAUGUUCAACGCCCUCGGCGGCCUCGGCGGCGGCGGCCAGGUCUCGACAAAGGCCUCCAACGACGCCAACACGGCGCUGUACUCCACCUUCGCCGUCGCCGCCUUCUUCGCCGGCACCUUUGCCAACCGCCUCGGCCUGCGCCUGACCCUCAGCCUGGGCGGCCUCGGCUACUGCAUCUACGCCGCCUCCUUCCUGUCCUACUCCCACAACCAGAACGAGGGCUUCGUCAUCUUCGCCGGCGCCUUCCUCGGCGUCUGCGCCGGCCUGCUGUGGACCGGCCAGGGCGCCAUCAUGAUGUCCUACCCGCCCGAGCACCAAAAGGGCCGCUACAUCUCGUGGUUCUGGAUGAUCUUCAACCUCGGCGCCGUCAUCGGCGCCCUCAUCCCCCUCGGCCAGAACAUCAACAAGACCUCCCGCAGCACCGUCACCGACGGCACCUACGCCGCCUUCAUCGUCCUCAUGCUGCUCGGCGCCGUCCUCGCCCUCUUCAUGUGCGACGCCCCCAAGAUCGUCCGCGACGACGGCUCCCGCGUCAUCGUCAUGAAGAACCCCUCCUGGCAGUCCGAGUUCCGCGGCCUCUGGGACACCCUCGCCCAGGACCCCUGGAUCGUCCUGCUGUUCCCCAUGUUCUUCACCUCCAACGUCUUCUACACCUACCAGACCAACGACAUGAACGCCCCGCACUUCAACACCCGCACCCGCUCCCUCAACAACCUGCUCUACUGGUCCUCCCAGAUCAUCGGCGCCCUCGUCAUGGGCUACGCCCUCGACUUCCCCCGCGUCCGCCGCAGCGUGCGCGCAAAGGCCUCCUACGUCGCCCUCUUCGUCCUGACCAUGGCCAUCUGGGGCGGCGGCUACGCCUGGCAGCGCAAGCAGGCGCCCCGCAGCGAGAUCGAGGGCAACGAGACCUACCCGACCAUCGACUGGACCGACGGCGGCGAGCUGUACAUCGGCCCCAUGUUCCUGUACAUGUUCUACGGCUUCUUCGACGCCGUCUGGCAGACGAGCAUCUACUGGUACAUGGGCGCCCUGUCCAACUCGUCCCGCAAGGCGGCGAAUCUCGCCGGUUUCUACAAGGGCAUUCAGUCCGCCGGCGCCGCCGUCUUCUGGCGCCUCGAUGGUCUCGGCACCGAGUACAACACCAUCUUCGGCGCCUCGUGGGGCUGCCUCGCCGGCGCUCUCGUCAUCGGCGCCCCCAUCAUCUUCCUCAAGAUCAAGGACACCGUCUCUGUCGAGGAGGACCUCAAGUUCUCCGACGAGACCGUCGCCGACGUCGCCGCGCCCGGCACCCUCGACGUCAAGCUCGACAAGGAGGUCGCGUAAGCAUGUGAGUGUGUGCGUGAGUGUGUGUGGACAGGCAGAGAGGAGCUGCGCAUGAUGAUCCAGCGAAUGAGAGGGGGAGGGGGCUUAUUUCACGGUUGACGGUUGACGAGAGACGAAGUUGUUAUACCACAUGGUGCUUUGAGUACGGCACAAGUUGUAAUUGUUAGCUUAGAUACUACUUCAAAGUAAUACCCGGCUUUAUCAAGUCGGGAUGUUCAUACGUCUGUCGAAG